ACUCCGGCCAGUGAGAGGGACGCGCAUCUAUUUAUAAUCAGAGGAUUAAUUGUCUCAGAUUUUUUCCGGUGUCGAUCAUGGCAGAAGAUUCAAAGGCGAAGAUACAACAUAAUCCCAAGAUAUUAUCUGGGCCUGUAUUGACUAACUCACCCAAUGCGGCCCUAUCAAAGAAUUUGCUGAGUCGUUAUCAGAACAUAGUAUUGUUCAAUGAAGGUGAUACGAGGCUCAUUGCGACCUAUGUCUGGAUCGACGGGACGGGAGAACACAUUAGGUGCAAGGACAGGACACUCAACUUUUAUCCUCGAGCUCCAACAGAAUUACCAGUUUGGAAUUUUGAUGGAAGCUCCACUGGACAAGCUGAUAGAAAAAAUGCAGAUACUCACUUGGUGCCUCGAACCAUUUACAAAGAUCCCUUUAGGCAAGAACCACACAUUCUGGUCAUGUGUGACACAUAUAAAUACAAUAUGGAGCCUACAGAAACAAACCAUCGAGUAAAUUGCCAAGCUGCUUACGAUAAAUGCACAAAAGAGGAACCGUGGUUCGGCAUUGAACAAGAGUACAUUCUCCUGGACGCAGACCUUCGGCCCUUCGGAUGGCCUCCUGGCGGCUGCCCACCCCCUCAGGGACCUUACUACUGCGGCGUCGGGGCCAACAAAGUGUUUGCUAGGGAUCUCGUCCAGGCUCACUACAUGUGUUGCCUUUACGCCGGUAUCCCGCUUGCCGGUACAAACGCGGAAGCGAUGCCUUCUCAAUGGGAGUUCCAAGUGGGACCAGCGGUUGGUGUGAAAGCAGCUGAUGAUGUUUGGAUGGCGCGUUUCAUACUUCAUCGCUUGGCUGAAGAGUUUGGGGUUAUAGUGUCUUUUGAUCCUAAACCUGUUGAGGACUGGAACGGAUCUGGAGCGCACGUAAACUUCUCAACAAAGGCUAUGCGAGCUAAAAACGGUAUUGUUGAAAUCGAGAAGGCGAUAGACAAGCUGUCCAAGGUGCAUAUGAAGCACAUCAAGGUGUACGAUCCUCGCGGAGGCAAAGACAACGAGCGCCGUCUCACCGGUCAGCACGAAACCGCCAGUAUUAAAGACUUCACAUCGGGUGUUGCUAACAGGAGUUGCAGCAUCAGGAUUCCCAGGAAGUGUGCUGAAGAAUCGUGCGGCUACCUUGAGGAUCGGCGACCCGCUUCCAAUUGCGACCCUUACGCAGUCAUAGACGCAUUAUUACGUACUUGUAUUCUCAACGAGUGAGAAUAAAAAUAAUCGACAUUUGUCGAAUUCCUGUUGUACUCAGAAACAUGGUCUAAUGGUCAAAUAAGUACCAAUUUAGUAUCUGGGUAGAAAUUACACUUUCUUUGUAUCUGAUUAAAUGUCUUAAGUAACAAUUAAUAAGCUAGUCUGCGUGUGGCUUUUAAUAUAUUUAGUUUUAUAUAAUGCAUGUGUUUUUACCUAGUAGAUAAACGUUUUACUAUUCUCCAAGGCUCUAAAACACAAUAACAAUAUAUGAAAUCAAAUAGCUAAUCAAUAUACACACUUGACACUUGAAGUAUUUUUGAAUUUAAAGAAGCACUCCAUGAACCUAUUUGAAACUAAACGAUUUAAACUGUCAAAAUGACGUCGACAUCUGACAUCAUAAUAUGUCAGAUAUAAUGGAACUUGACGAUACUAUGGUUAAUGGUUAAGUUGUGCCAUGGCCUCCGUUAUUGUAAGUUGUAAGUUAAUGUGUUAAAUAUUUUAAAGAAUGUAACCAAAAACUCAUAAUAACCAAUAAAUAAUAAUGUAACGUGAGUGUAAUGUAAGUGGUCCUAUACUGCCUUCAGAUGUCACCCAAAGCAUUCUACUUAAUCAAUACAUGAAAUAUACAUAUAUGUGUCCUAAGUACA